AUGGCCAGAAUCUCGGCAGAACACAUUCAAGAAAUCCUCGAAUCCGAAGCCCGUCUCCACGUCCAAUCAAAGAGACAGCACCGCGCCUCGUUUGGACACUUUGAACGCACCGGCGCCAACGAGCAAAGACACAAACACCGUGACCGAUCCAAGUACCGCCGCUCCGAGGAGAUCACCCGGGUCCCCGAGCCCAGCCCUCCCACCGCCGCACUCCCGCUCAUAAUCGACGAUGACGACCCCAUCCUCGACUUCCCCCCAGAAAGGUGGAUUGCCUCCAUGAUAGGCAACACGGGCAUGCUCUACCGGUUCUCAGACGACCUCGUCUACAAGUCCAACAUGACCUCGCGGGAGGUUGAGCUGAUGGAAGCAGCCGGCAGCCUCACCAUGCGGCCGCUGAGCAGGGUAGUCUGGAAAGGCUCCCGGCCCUCAACCGGCACCAAGGCCGUAAUCAUGGAGGGUGGUGAGCCCUUCCGUGCUCGGAGGAUUCCCAUCCACAAACGGCACAAGUGUGUCGUCGAGAUGUUUCUCGUUGUGGAAAACCUACACAAAAGAGGCAUCGUCCACGGGAAUAUCAAAGAGUCAAAGUUCAUCUGGGGUAACUGCAGGCCUACUUCUUUCUCUCCCGGCCAGCAGCAGCAGCAGCAGCCGGCGAAGAGGCUGAAGAUGGUUGAUUUUGCCGGGGCGAGGUUCAUUGAAGAAAACAAGGACCGUUGGAACUCACUUCAUGUGACGAAUUCAUAUUUGACGCCAAAGAGGAUGCAAUGUCUUGAGCAGGGGCUGCCGUUGCCUGCGCCGACGGUGUUUGAUGAUUACUAUGCUCUUGCUAUCACCCUUUGGUCGUUUUUAACAGGAAAGACGCCGGGGAACAGGCAGUUUAACCGAAAGUAUAUCAAGAAGGAGGACUUGGCCGACGUGGAGGAUGAGAUGAUCAAGGGGUGGAUUCGAAAGGUUUUUACCAUGGCGGGGUGCAAGAUUGUGUCGGGGGCGGAUUUGGAGGAGUAUCUUGCUGCGAAGGCGGCGAAGAGGUCGCAGCAGGAGGAGUAUCAUCGGCAGAGGCAUUCCACCGGUUCGAGGGGGUAUGGGGAGACAGAGCAUUCUUAUCAGCGGCCGCCGUCGAGGAGAGAGUCAUCUCGUGAGGGGUCGAGUCCGCCGGAAAGACAGCGGCCUUCUUCGCUGGGGUUGUAUGAGGAGUAUGAGCUAUCACCUAGGAUGCAGAAACAGACACGGGCCACUACCCCUGCAAGACGUCUUUCUGAGCAAGAGCCGGAGAGGGGUGGGAGGAGGCGUGGAUGA